AUGAUGGAUGAUAAAGUGCGGCACGGAGAAAAACAUUGGCCCGUCCGCUCCCAGAGUCACCAUGGUACCCAUCAGCACAACUAUAACCAUGUGGCUCUAGGUAGCCCCACACGCACACCUAAGAAUGCUCACCGAUCAUUGAGACGUGAAAACAAUCGGAUAAGCGGCAUCCUGACAUCACAGACGGAGCCCUACGACCUGUCUUUCUCGCGCUCCUUCCAGAGCCUGUCGCACCUGCCGCCCUCCUACGAGGCGGCCGUCACGGCCGACCUCAGCCGAUUCUCAUCCCUGAAGAAACUCACGGAUAAAGAUGUCGACGAGUACUACACGCGCAAGCGCCACCUGCCCGACCUUGCGGCGAGAGGAACACUUCCCUUGCACGUACUCAAAAUUACUCAAGACCAGCACCGGGAACAGCAGCAGCUCCAGAGCCAGCCCCCGCAGGCCCCUCCCCCAUCGCAAUCUUCACAACAGCAGUCUCAGCAGAGGCAGAGGCCCCGCCGCGUCCAGCGGGCCAUGUCCCAGGACCGUGUCCUGUCUCCGCAGACAGCCCCGCAACAGGAUUACAGCAUGUCGUCGAAUGGUAUGUCCCCAUACGGAGGCAGGAUCCUCUCUGACGAACAGCUCCUGUCAGCGGAGCGUCUGCGAUCACAGGAGCGGCUCCUCCCACAGGACCGCCACACCUCCCAAGACCGCUUAUACACAAAGGACCGCAUGUACUCAAAGGACCGCCUCCUGUCCCAGGAUCACCUCUACCCUAAAGACCGCCAUUACUCUCAAGAUCGCCUCUACACCCAAGAUCGCCUGUACUCACAAGAUCGCCUCUUUUCCCAGGAUCCCUUGCUCUCCCCUGACAAGUUUAUGAUGUCUCUGAAGCGCGGCAUGGUCGGGAGUAUGUCUGGAGGGUUUCGGGGAAGUGACAAGUCCAUGUCACGUGCCAUCUCGCACACAGAUGUGUUCAUACCCACCACGCCUGUCAUGGAUCGGUACAAGAUGACCAAAAUGCACUCCCAUCCCAGUGCCUCUAACAAUGGUGGUGGUGGCGGCGGCGUUGUGGGUGGUGGUGGAGGUGGCGGUGGUGGGGCACAGGGAGUGGGUGGUGCCGCCCACUCCAACACUUUAGCUAUGAACCACACAACAAAUAAGAGGCAGGCGUUUGCCUCCAGACGGACUCACACUGUGGAACAGCUCCACUACAUCCCACAGCACCACCAGCAGCAGCAACAGCAGCAGCAACAGCAGCAGCAACAGCAGCAGCCACAGCAGCAGCCACAGCACUAUCGCACAGGCAGCAAGACAGAGGUGACUGUGUAACGGCAGCCAGACUGAACGCUGCCACACCGGGCAGGAAGUACUGCUGUGCUGUGUCCAUGGAAGGUAACAUGGAUUACACUGGUGUGCAUUCUCAUAGUGGAGUGGGUACAGUGGUGGUUCCACUUUCCUUUGACUGAAGUUCCUGCAACGUCAGAGGUUCCAGGAUCAAGAACAUCUACUAGCUGACUGUGAGAGACCGGAAAAACAAUCGUCACUGUACACUGCAUACACCUGCCCAGCUAGAAACUCAAGAUAGAGAAGGGUGUGAAUAAUAAUAUAGGGCUGUCACUUUUUCCUGAGCUAAUAUUCCAUGAUACGGUAUUCCAUUACCAUUUUGUCACAUGAGGUUCAUCAUUUAUUUGAUGCCUUCUCUGCUACUAACAGCUGAGCUAACACUUGAGUCUGCAGUUAAUUUGCUGUUUCCACGCUUAAAAUAAGAAAACAUCACAGCCUUUUUUUUCCUGAGGUCCAAAAAAAAAGGCGUUUAAAAGUGGAUCUCACGGUAUUUACACGACACGUUCUGGUGUGCUUCUAGGCUGUAUAUUUUCAACUCUUUUUAGGUUUGAUUUUCAAUUUUUGCUUCAAAGUUUGAACCAACAUUAUGUGACACACUAUUCCUUCAUAGGUGCUCUUUCUAGUGGCCACGCAAACUACUACACUGCCUCACUCAGGUAGAGCUAACAGCUAAGCUAAGAGAUGAGUCUGCAGAUUCUUUUUUUAGGCUUCUGUGUCGGAUGGUUUAGCUUACGUCCUCCAUUUUCACGCUAAGUCACUGUCUUAUUUUUUCUGAUGAGACGGUCUGGUGUGCUGCUAGGCUGUAUAUUUUAAAAUUAUUUGGAUUCUUAACGUUUGAACUUUCCCUCCCAAGUUUGAACGAAUACACACAUUUUGGACAAAAAGUGACAGCCCUGAUGUUGAUGGGGAGGACUGCGAUUAUCCAGCUAACUUGCCUACAAUAAACCUUCUUCCAGUGUGAUUUUAACAUUUCUGAUUCAUAAAUUGUCUUUUCCCAUCUUUUUGCUUCAAGAUCCUUCAUAUUAAUUGCUAGUCACCACAUUGACCGAUUUACUUAAUAAUAGUCACACCUGUUGUGUUUGCGGUCAAAAAUGUCCACCAUAGGAAAUGAAUGGGGCAAAACUGUUUUCAUGUGCAUUAAACAAAGGAACACAGUCCUUUAUAAACACCCUCUUACAGACCUACAAGCUUUCUUUGUCUUUUGCUCUUUGACUAUUAGUUGGUACACUACAUUGUUCAUGGUUUUAAAACACAAUGUAGUGAUGAUUUAUUUCAAUUUUUGUGUCAUCAAACUACACAGAUCACAGUAGACUGUAAAACAGUGAAACAAGGAACACUGGAGAAAGGUUUAAUCCACCCUCCAGAUGACACUUAUUAUCCACAGAUUAGAGCCUCAUUCUGUGUGUUGUUUUCUUUAUUAUGAAAACAGAAAAAAAAACGUGAGAUUCCCCCACCUGUUUUUGUCCAACAACUCGUUUUUUCAGGCAAAUCUCAAAGGGCUUUGAAUGGUUAAAACAGUAGGAUGGGCCUGUAAUAACUUUAUAAAUAUAUAAAUAAAUGAAUCUAACGACAGCCGACCAUUUGCUACACCCUGUCCUGCUCAUAGCUGUAGAGAAUCUUCAUGAGAGAGAGCGAUACAUGGAUGUUGUCGGCACUUGUGUUUGGUGCCUCUGACAGAUUUUUCCAUUUCUAACGACGUUUUGUGGGUUACAAAGCACAAUCAAUAAAAAAAAAAUAUAUAUAUAUAUAUAUAUGUAUAUGUAUAUUCUGUUCUGUUCAGUUUGAAUAGUGACGACAAGCUUGUUUAGUUCCUAAAGCAAUGGUGGGUUAUUUUUUGCUUCCAGUAGACGAUUGUAAAUAAGCUAUUUUAGAAGCAGUUAGUCUGGACAAGUCCGUACUGGAUGGACUUUGUAUUAGACCUGUCUGUUUUCAAUAGAUUCUUUUAAAAAGAUAUUUAAGAAAAAAAACACAUCUAUAAAAUCAUCACUGUUUCGUGAGUUCAGCAUAGAAAAAUCCACUUAACCAAGUAUUUGACAGGAUCAAUUAAUACUAUUAUUGUGUGUCUUUGCAAAAAAAACAACAAAAAAAAACUGUUUGUAGAAGGAAAAAUGUGAAUGAAUGUGUUGUUGAAAACAGAAAAAUAUACCGCUGUUCAUAUUUGGAUGUAGACUGUGUUCCAUUGACGAGUCCAAGAUCAUGGAGAUGGAAAUUAUACUUCUUGUCAAACUAGGGUCAAAUAAAAACAUCCAUAUUUUUCUAAAACA